AUGAACAACACCUCUAUUCUCCGUGUGGGAAUCAAGAGGUCACUUCAAAAUCAGAUAUGCAGCAGCUUUAAAAACCAUGGAAUGACCGGGUCUUCAAGGUCGGUUACAAUUUCGCAUUACAUGAAACGUUUAUUUACCUCGAAUGCAAAGGUUGACCAGAGCAUGCACAAAGUUUUGAAUGGUGGAUCAUUGAGACAACCAUCAGGUUCACUUGGUCGGUCUUUUUUUACUAGUAAGACUGUUUCAAAUGCUUUUUCAGGAGCAAAAAGGGCAUUUUCCACUUCAGUUGCCCCGCGUUUUCGCAUGAGUACCUUUUUAUUAAAUGAAGCAGUUAGUUCUGCUGCAACUUCUGCGGCAAAAUCAGCUUCUAAGGCUGGAAAAAGAGUGAAUCCUUGGCCUAUAAACACAGCCAAACCACUAGGUUACCUUUGUAUUGGCUGUUCAAUACUUGUUUUUGCGAUUGUUGUUCUUGGUGGACUUACGAGAUUGACAGAAUCUGGUCUUUCCAUCACUGAGUGGAAGCCUAUUACAGGCGCAAUUCCACCUUUAAAUGAACAGCAAUGGCAGGAAGAAUUCGAAAAGUACCAGCAAAGUCCAGAAUUCAAAGAGCUUAACACCCAGAUGACAUUAAAGGAAUACAAGUUUAUUUAUGGUAUGGAAUGGUCACACAGAUUGCUUGGAAGAAUUAUUGGUGUUCUCUUUGUUGUCCCAUCUCUUUAUUAUAUUGCCAGAAGGAGGGUUUCUGCUCCAACGGCUUGGAAAUUGCUAGGAAUAUGUGGAUUAAUGGGUCUUCAAGGUUUUGUCGGAUGGUGGAUGGUCUAUUCGGGUAUUGAUAAGAAACAACUCGAGGAAAGACAUUCAAAACCAACCGUUUCGCAAUACAGGUUGGCAACUCAUUUAGCUGUUGCCUUUACCGUUUAUUGCUGUAUGAUCUCGACCGGAUUCUCGAUUUUGCGUGACUACAAGAUUAUGGCAAACCCUCAGAAGUACGAAAAAGUGUUCAGGUUGAUAAAUUCAUCUGCUCUCAAGCCUUUCAGAAGGAUGACAAAAGGUGUGUUUGGUAUGGUGUUUAUUACUGCUAUGACCGGUGCUUUAGUUGCUGGUUUGGAUGCUGGUAUGAUAUACAAUACCUUCCCAAAGAUGGGGGACGGUUAUAUGCCUCCUAAGGAUGAGUUGAUGGAUCCAAUGUUUGCCAGAAAGAGUGACAAAUCCGAUCUUUGGUGGAGAAAUAUAUUGGAAAACCCAACCACCGUUCAGUUUGACCACCGUGUGUUUGCCAUUGCCACAUUUUGUGCUGUCUUUGGUGUUCACAUGUAUUCCCAUAGAAUUAGACCAAUUAUUCCAAAGGCUGCAUACAGAUGGAUGAAUAUAAGCGUGGGAUUGGCCACUUUACAGGUGGCUCUUGGAAUUUGUACUUUGCUUUGGAUUGUUCCAACGGAUUUAGGGGCUGCUCAUCAGGCUGGUGCCCUUGCAUUGCUUACUGGUAUGCUUAUGACCGUAAACAAUUUGAAAAAGCCUAGCGUUUCGAAUGUUGUUAUUUUAAGGAGAUAUCUAGAAAAAGCCUCCAAGUUAGCGGAGAAGAAGAAGCUUAAAUGA